UUCAUUCACAUUUCACUUAAUUUUAUUUUGUGAAACCAUGAAAACGUUUUGAUUUUGUGGAAAUUGCAAAGAAACCUUAAACUUUGUAGCCGGGGGCAUGUGUGUGCCUCUGCCGCGGACUAAAACCAUUCAGUUUUAAAAAAGUCUUGGUUGUGUUUUGGUUUUAAAUUUCUUAAACAAAAAAAUUCUGAGGUUUUCCUUAAAUUUUUCCCAAAUUGUGUUCAUAAUGGAAUUUUACUGUUUUUUCUUUCAAAGUGUAGCAUUGACAUAAUGUGACUCGAUUUUCUGUGGUGUUUGGUAGUUAGUUUUCUAUUUUGGACACAAAUUUGGUCUAAAAUUAUACCUGAGUGCUAUAUCGUCAGAAAGGCGCUCAAAUUGCAUUAAUGGCGUCAACAAUAGUGAAGAAGCACAGACUGAAAAGCUCGCAAGCUUGACGUACGAUGCGCCCGCGCAGCCUUUCGAGCUUAUCGAGCCCAAUUUGGAGCUUUAACUAGUGUCUCAUAGUUGCCUUCACCUAGGUCCAAUCUCUUUGUACAUAACACGUUUUUUCUGAGUGUGUGAGUGAAAAUUGUGAAAGCCAUGGAUAACACAGAAGUAGAAAAAACUUCCAGCGAAGACGCACAGCUUACUAGAAGUAGAAGUUUUAAAUCGAAGCAAUUAGUACGUAGCCAAGCGAUUCGCGAGUCUACGUCCCCCCCUCGUACUGCCUCACCUUACGAGCCUGGCAGCCCCGAGCAUGAGAAAGAGAAGGAACAUAAUCGCUGCGUCACCAAGGUCAUUGAUGAUGAGAAGAUUCCAGUGCAGAUACAGAUAACCUCGGGCGGCUGGGAAGAAGGGUUCAGCGAGCAACGUCUCCGCACGAGACGCUGGUUGGGACAGAGACCGCAUUCGGACUCCUCCAGGGACUUUCUCUCAUAUAAUCCUCGCGUUACUUGCGUCUGUGGAAAGUGUGCUUGUCCACAUUGCAGGGGUAAACGAAAGCACAUGUGCGCGAUUAAACAGGACUCUGGUAUAGUUUGCUCUGUGGACUGUCCCGACUGUUCUGAUCUUGACAAUAUUGGUGCAAAUGGAAAGUCUGGUAGUGUGGAUGUUGAUGAUCAGACAUUUUACUGCAGGUGUCCAGAACGUAAAGACAAACCGAAAAACCUAUCGCUAAGCGGAAAUGAUGCAGACGACAAAACGGAUCUGACAGACCAGGAUUUGGUGAAUUUCCUGAGAGACACGCUCAACAAGAAUCCAAAGGACAGGAUCACAUUGUUGAAGGUUGAAAAGGAGUUGCACGCACUUGUCAGCGAUGUUGGUCGUUGCAUAGUUCGAUUUCCGGUGAUGACGUCAUACGGCCGUAUGUUGGUCCAUCGGGUGGCCGCGUUGUUUCAACUGGCGCAUCACAUCGACCACGCUAACAAGACCUGUGUGGUCGUAUCUAAGAGUGGUACAAGUGGUGGUAGGAUCCCUUGCACCAGCUUCAAGCAGUGGUGCACGCGAGUGUUUCCCAAAUCACCUCCAAGGAGACACGAUGAUACACUCGCAAAAUCGAUACUAAAGCGCGCGGGAAACGUUUCGGAAUCGAGCGGUGGCGGUGCGGACGCGCCGAGGAGCAAGUCACUCGAACAACGCGAAAGGGACUAUGAGAGAGCGAGACGGAGGAUAUUUAGUACGGACAACUGCACCCAAGACGAGAGUCAAUGGCCGUGGCUUCCCUCUGGACCUGUCAAGCUUCUAACACCUGAGAGCGGAAAGAAUAAACUCGCUAAGGUCCAAUCUCUUGAAUCCCGGGGCCAAGAGACAAAUUCCCGGGGUGCUGUGUCCAAAAGCCACAGUUUCGGAGGAUACACGGCUGAACCACAACAGCCAAGAUUGCUUAGCAGACAAGGUGAUUUGGCUUCAAGCAGCUGGCGUUUAUCACCUUCCAGUUCUGGAUACAAAACGUUGAGUUUGCGUAGCACUGACUCCGUCACACCUUCACCGACAGGCGGUGCAAGUCCCGAGCCAGGCACCGACGCCGCGACCCUCGUGUGGGCGGUGACUAACCUGUCUUCUGUUCCGCCGGGAGCUAUUGUUAUACAUCCACAGACCGGACGUCCUCUAACAAAUCCAGACGGCUCCAUAUAUCACUUCGAUCCGGCCAAUCCGCCCGUUAUUUACCAAGAUAAUGAUAAGAAUGACGCAAAUGAAAAGCGAAGGGGGAAAUUGGAAAAGCAACAUUCAUUUAUGGUUACUGAAUGUGAAUGUUCUACAACCGAGUGCAGAAAAUGCUGUUGUGAGUGUAGACAAAAUGGAGGUCAGAAAUGUAACAGUGAUAAGACUACUCCGCCAGGAUCUAAAAACAAUUCAAUGCCAAACAGUCCAGUAAAAGGAAUUGAACCAAAAGAAGCACCUCCAUCGCCUGAACCCAUACAAAAACCAGAAAUCCAAAAAGAGGCAAAACCCGUAUACGAAGUCCCACCGCAGCGAACAGAAAUCCAGAUUGAAAAUUCGAAUAUCGAACACCAAAAAUCUGUUGACCAUCAGAAACAGUAUGAAACCCAAAAAUCAUUCGAAUCUCAAAAGUUUGAAUUGAAUUCGCCAGCCAAUCAGAAGCCUUACGAGUCGCCCAAUCAGCGGCCGGUGUUUGAAAAUAGAACGUUUGAGAAUCAUAGAAAAGUACAGGAAGUUCAGUAUCCAAGUCAGGAGUAUAGCAGCUAUGGGCAAGGAUUUAGAAUGGAAGAGAUAACACCACCACCGCAGGCUAUAGUGAAUUAUCACCAAGAUGUGUCAGAAACUCAAAUGAUGCAACAGAAUAAAAUGACGCCCAUACCUAUACAGGAUCCUAAUAUCAGACCGGUCUCAUUAACAAAUAUGAUGUAUCCAACGCUACCACAACAUUACCCUUUCGUUACACCAUGUAGAAUGGACCAGCAAAUGCAGCCACUGUACCAGCAGAUGCUGGGAGCUGAAGAUCAGAAGCAUCUAUCGCAGUCACCACACACUGAUAACACGUUCCGUAUAGACCCGAGCUAUCCAUAUCCAACUGAGUUCAAUGCAUAUGGCGGAUGUCAAGAUCCUGUGCUGCAACGAGGAUAUAGUAUGGGUUACAGUCCAGUGGAAGUACCGACUAUGGUACCUUCGUAUCCUGUCCCAAACGUUAUUCUUCAGCCUCCCAUACAACACUAUCCGACGUAUCAAGAGCAAAUUCAAUGGCAGGGCAUCCAACCGCCCGUGCCAAUAGCCAGUCCGGCUGCGCCAAAAUUGAUGCUACACGAUGUCUAUCCCAUGGUUUGCCCCAACAUUGGCUAUCAGCCGUACAACGUUGUAUAUCCACAGGUCCUACCACAACCAUAUCCAAUAUGUCAGCCGGUAUACCCAAUAGUACCAGAAUGUAGGAACAACAUGACGCAGAAGAAACGCAACUCCCUCCCCAACUCUUCUCGCACUACACCUCAAACCCCGCUGGAGAAGAAAGAAGAGACGGACUCGACGGAGAUAGCUGUUAAGAUACAGCAGAUUAAAGAACAGAUGGCGCAAAUGAAUACAAAAGAUAAGAGUGAGAGAAGAACAGACUGGAGGGCUAACAACGGAUCUGGGAUACUGGGAAGUUAUCCCGCUAACUUUAACGGGAGAGUUAAUGGGAGGCCAACCGAUGAAGCGCAGUUGAGUUCGGCCGCUCGGGCGAUUGUAAAUUCAAUACGGAAUAUACAAGCGAAAAAUAAUUACAACGACAGAAAAUUUGACAAUAGACAGGACCAAAGACAAGAUUUCCGCUACAGAGGCCGAACCGAGAGGGACGAGAAAGAUCGGACCGAAGGCCAGAGACCGGUUAUCCGGCCCGAGAGACCGGAUAGGAAUAGGGGGAUAUUUCGGGAUAAUAACUUCCCCAUGCAAUAUAGGCCGCCUUAUUUAUUGCGACAGAUGUCUCCUGGGGCGUGGUGCAGGCGAUCCCCAGGGCCGGUCCAUCCAGUUUUAAACCCUCCGAGACGACCUCAUCCGGAUAGAUAUACGCGGCGUUAGAUUGUAUAAGUUUUAUUCAAUAGGUUGAGGCGCUUUUUGAGAAUGUUUUUUUUUAAUAUUAGUACCGACAAUAUGUGUUACCAUGGUUACCAUUUUCAUCGGUCUUGUAGUAACUAUACGGUACUAUAAUUAGCCCAUGUUUCAUGAUUUAAUUUCUCAACAAAUAUUUCGUAUUUGUUUUUUUUUUGUUAUUUAAAUAUAUAUAAUUGAAAUCUUGCCAUGUUCUUCGUAUCUUCAUCAUUUUUAAAAAUUGUAUUCGCAAAACGCGCCUUAGCCCAAUAAAUGUUCAAACAUAUCCCUGUCCACUGUUUGUUUCUAUAGAACUUGCAAUAGUCGAUGUUACUAGACAGCUUUUUCUAAGUAGGAGACACGCGUGCGACAUUUAGUCGUGCGACUUUUUUGUCAACAUUUCUAAUAUAGUAAAAAAAAAUUAAACGAGCUUGUUAUGAAGCCAUGUUAGACGUUCAACCCUGAUGUUGUGCGUUUGCACGCUAGCUUUUCAAUGGACUUAUGCAAUUGACAUUAUAUCUUAGCCUAUGCAUUAGAUUAGAGCACAGAUAUAGGGCUAACUAUCAUUCCCAUAUAUCAAAUUCUAAUACAUUUUUGGCGUAUGAGAGUAACUAAGCAACUAAAUGUCACCCUAAGAGUCAAUAAGAUUAAUACAAGUGCAAAUAAGUGAUAGACUCUAGUUUUUUAAAUCGGAAUAGGAUUUUAGAAACUUAUUUCUCAAUUAAAAUAUAGCAUCGGGCUCAUAAGACCAAUAAAGACACAACUUAAUAUAUUACAACGAAUACACGAUAGUCAAUAGUCGCUGAUUAAAUGUCGCUCGUGUGUAAAUACCCUUAUAAUUGGUUUGCAAUGAAAACGAUUUAAGGGACACAAUUCGCUAUUUUGUUUUUAAGUAAAUGUAAAAUGAAUCGUGUCCUUUAACUAGUUUUGUGUAAAUAGGUAGGACUUUAGGUUUUUUAGUAUUUUUAUUGAAAGAGUAUUUUUGUUGUUCGGGGCUGCCUUCGGAAUAUCUAUAAUACGAAAUUACUUUGUUCGUCCACAAAUCUAAUGUAAGCGGUCGAUUCUGUUUUGCAUACCUUUGAGUAUUUAUUUACACAUCAAACAAAUUCGGUGAUAAAUUUAAAGGUAACAGAGAAUAUUAAAUUACAAAUAUAUAAGCUAUAUAAAUUCAAAUUUAUUUGCUAGUUGAUUGGAAAAAUUGUUGAUUGAUAUUGAUUUGGCAAUUUUGGUGAUUUUCGUUGUGAUAAAAUGAUAUUUUAAUGAAAGCUGGUUACAAUGUACCCUCACUAGUGUACCAUUUAAAUUGUCUCCGCUUUUUAAAAUAAAAAGCAGAAAAUAUUUAUAGUUCUACUCAGAUCACUAGCAACGGAAUCGGUUGAUAGAGUCAAUACGACCUCAUGAGUAUCACCGGUAUUCGUUUCUUAUCAGGCUUUUAAUCCAAGCCAGGAGAGUAGAAGUCAUGAUUUUGAAUCUUACUCUUAUCAGCUCUUAGUUGGAUCACGUUAGUCAAGCCUUGCAUAUAUAAGCCAACUUUCUGUUACAUUUCAAAAUGUAGGUAAACUAAGAAAAUACUGCGUAUAAUUUGUUUUGAAUGUUACCAUAAAUCUCGCGGCGUUCAAAAUGCCGUGUCCAUCGCUAGAUCUCAUGACGCAAUACCUAGUCAUUACAUUACAUUUUAGUUUUAAGUUGUGUUAACUUAUCCUACUGGUACUUGUUACGAACAUCGCUCAUUGCUAACCGACAAAAAUAAUUACGCCAUAACUGAGAAAUUAUAAAGUAGCUGAAAAAAGUAGUAGAAAAAAACUGGAUACAUUUAGUUGCGCAUUACGUAUAUGCCUAAAUUGGUGGCAAACAAAUGAGCGUUGUUCAUUCACCAAUCAAAUUAAGGUGCACGUCAUCCAGCAGAACCAAUGGAAUUAGGAAUCGUUUUGUGUGAUAUGAGGGUGGUUAGGACGAGACUUAACGAUAAGUGUGACUCCCGUAUGUCAAAAUUUUGACGUAUGGAAGUCAGUUCGCACCAUCUUGUUUCUGUCAUCCAUAGACUCGUCACAGAUUUGGUUGGUGGCUCGUCUGAGCGGACUUUAACAUGUAGUACUUAAUAAGAUAUUAUUUAAUAUUUUUGUUAGAAAAUUUCAAAUAGCCAUAUGCAAGCUGGUUUGCAAUAUUAAUAAGUUGAUUUGCAUGAUAAAUGUACAACCUUCGUUGCUGCGUUGUAUAUAUAAGUGAAAAUACAUAUAUUUAUGUUAACUAGAGUUGUGGUGUCUGCGCAAACUUAAGUUUUUGUUAUAUUUUUAGAUUCUAUAUUAACUGCAAUAGUAUUAACGACUGGCUUGUUUUUGUUCGAAAAUAUCAGUACAGUUUUUGUAUUAAAAUACUAUUGUUUUCAAGUUACUAGUGAUGCUAUAACAAUAAUAAUUAUUGUACCUGGUUAAGAAAUAUAUUUUCGUGUUACGUCGUGAUUCAGUGUCCUACUUGUAACUCAAUAGAUUAUAGACAUUAUGGGGUUAAGUUUGUCUACUACCACAAUGACACCUGUCAAAUACCAAAUACUGACAUUGACAGAUGCACGUCUGACGUUAAGGCAAUGUCCCGUAGAGUAUAUUAUUUGUAAGAAAGUUUAUUGUGACGGUAGAGUAUAUAAUUGUUAAUAUUAAAGAUUUUAGCGUAA